GUCUGCUCAACCACAAGUCGCGUCCCGCCAAGCCCCUCCGGCCACCGGCGCUAAGGAUCCCACCAUCUUCCAGACCAUCUUCCUCCCCCAAAACUCAUACAAACUCUUCCUCCCCUCUUUCCCUCCUUCUUUCACCCUCUCUCCCCCUUCACCACUCUCACCAUGUCUGAGCCCAUCAGGAAUAAGAAGGCCGAUUUCCCGGUCGCUCCGACCCCGCAAAACACGCCGGCUAACAAUGCCCCGAUCUCCUCGCACGCCCAGCAGCCCGGUGUGUCCAGCAUCAAGGAAGAGAACUUGGAUACCGCCGCUGCUGCCUCCCUCUUCGCCCGCAACCCGGCUCUGGUCUCCAUGAUCCAGGGCAAGCUGGGCCAGCUCGGAAUCCAGAAGGAGCACGCUAAGCUGGAGGCUCAGUUCCAGGAGGAGGUCCUGGAGCUCGAGAAGAAAUACUUCGCCAAGUUCACCCCACUGUACCAGCGCCGGUCUACGAUCGUGAACGGUGGUGUGGAGCCGACUGAGAGUGAGGUAGAGGCCGGAAAGGAGGACGAGGAGGAAGAAGAAGAAGAAGAAGAAGAAAAUAACGAGGCCGAGGAGGAGAAGAAGGAUGAGGGCGAGUCCAUGAACGGUAUCCCCGAGUUCUGGCUUUCUGCCAUGAAGAACCAGAUCUCGCUCGCCGAGAUGAUCACCGAGCGAGACGAGGAGGCCCUCAAGAACCUCACCGACAUUCGCAUGGAGUACCUGGACCGCCCCGGAUUCCGCCUCAUCUUCGAGUUUGCGGAGAACGAGUUCUUCACCAACAAGACCAUUUCCAAGACCUACUACUACAAGGACGAGAACGGAUACGGCGGUGACUUCAUCUACGACCACGCCGAAGGUUCCAAGAUCGACUGGAAGGCCGACCAGGACCUGACCCUCCGCCUCGAGAGCAAGAAGCAACGCAACAAGAACACCAAGCAGACCCGCGUUGUCAAAGUCAGUGUGCCCACCGAAUCCUUCUUCAACUUCUUCUCUCCCCCGCAACCCCCCACCGAUGACGACGAGUCCGUCGCCAGUGAUAUCGAAGAGCGCCUGGAGCUUGACUACCAAUUGGGUGAGGACAUCAAGGAGAAGCUGAUCCCCCGCGCGAUCGACUGGUUCACCGGUGAGGCACUCCAGUUCGAGGAGCUGGGCGAUGAAAUGGACCCGGAUGAGUUCGAGGACGAGGAGGAUGAGGAGGACGAGGACGAGGAUGAUGAUGACGACGACGAGCAAGGAUCGGACCGUGACGUCGAAGACGACUCGGAUGAAGAGGAUGGAACCUCCAAGCCCAAGAAGGAGGCUGCCGAGUGCAAGCAAAACUAA